UUAUAUCAAAAUUUUCAAAUUAACAAAAAACCAAUAAAUUCAAAUUAAUACAAGGUUUUUUUAACACCUUAAUACAUUUGUUUAUAAUUUAGUUUAAUACCACUAUUUUUUCAAAGGUUUCAAGAUUACUAAAUUAUACUUGUAUAAUGGAUAUUAUACUAAAUUAUACCUUAACACCUUAAUUAAAUAAAAAUAUCCCUUUGCAAAUUACAUACGCUUCAAUUUGCAAAUGGAUAAUUUAUUAAAAUCUAUUUUUAUCAUGGUUUUGAAUAUCAUUUACUUGUAUAAUUCAUUUGUUGUUGUAGGCACAGUUAAAUACUGAGUUUAUACAAUAUAAGAUAGAUGAAGGUGAAGCACCUUUACCUCUAAACGGGUCCAAGACCCAACAGAUUUGUAUUCACGAGGGGCAGGGUAACUUUGCAGCCGUUCUUCAAUAACUUGUUUCAUGGUGCUGUUUCAAAACUUGCUGCUGGUAGUUUAUUUUGUUUAUUAACAAUUUUUUUUGUGGCCUAGAGUUAGCUCACUAACACACUUUGUUGAUACCAACUCUAUUUUUAGUAGGAAGCAGUUCUCCUCCCAAAGUGGAAGGGUUUUAGUUUUUUCUUUUAUAAAAAUAUUUGUUUUAUUACAACUCUUUUAAGUCUCUCCAAAUCUCAUAUAUUGCAUCCACUCAGAUUCCUCUGUGAUCUUGGGUACGUAAUCUAAUGUUUUAUCUUUUUCUUCAAGAACCAGUGACGUGUUCAUUGGUAACCGAUAGAUUUCUCAAUACAUUCUUUAUCACAUUUUCUUGAGUGGCAAUGAUCCCGAAUCUGAGAGAAAGCAUGGAGAGAAACGAAGUAAGAGAAGGCCCUAUAGCUAUUGCAGUGGACAAAGAUAAAACUAGCUGUCAAGCUCUUAAGUGGGCAGUGGAACAAUAUAUACCACGAGACAGAACCAUAAAACUUGUUCAUGUCAUCCAAAGAUCUACAGUGAAUGCAAGUGGACACUCUACGGAUGAUGAAUUGUCUGGUAAGCAAAACAAUGAUAAAGGAAGUCGUCAGUUUCUUCCAAUGCGUUGUCUUUGCACGAGACGAAAUAUACAAAGCGAAGUAGUUAUGCUUGAAGAAGAUCAAGACGUAGCGAAAGCAUUGAUUGAAUAUAUUAGCCAGAACUUUAUUUCUACAUUCUUGCUAGGUGCCUCGUUAAAGAAGAGCAUUACAAGGCUUUUUAAGGUUGAUGACAUACCAAGUAAUGUGAUGAGAUGGGCUCCAGACUUCUGCACCGUCUUAGUUAUAUCAAAGGGAAGAUUAUCAAGCAUACGGCCAGCCACUAGGCAUUUACCUCAAGGCUUGCCACCAGGGACUGCACCUUUGUCACCACUCAGCAACACCGAUGAGGCUCCCUCUGAGAUGUCAUUGUCAAGAGAAGACGACGUUUUCUUUGAGGAGUUCUCAUCCCUUGGCACAGAUUCAUCUACUGUGAACAUUAGUGACAGGAUCAGUACUGAUAGUUCGGUUCUCUCCUUCUAUGAGAAGCUUGGGACUCCAAACAUGUUGGAGAUUCCUAGCUUCUCAGGUCUGGAGGAUGAUAAAUCCAAUCUUUCGAUAUACCUUAAUAGUCCUUCUGAUAUAAAGCUGAUGGAUGAAGCCGAAGCUGAGAAGAGAAGGCUGAAGAAAGAGCUGAAGGAGACGAUGAACAUGUACCAUGCAGCCUGUAGAGAAGCCCUCAUGGCAAAGGAGAAAGUAGCAGAGUUAGAGAUAUGGAAAAAGAAAGCAGAGAAAAGGCUUAAAAUGGCUGAAGAAACGGCAAAAAUGGCAGUCAUGAAGAUGGAGAAGAGAGAACUGGAGGUAAAGCCAAGAGUGGAGGCAGAGAUGAAGGUGAGAGUGAGUAGUAAUGACAGAAAGGUGGUUCUGGAUGCUUCUGUAGAGUCUCAUAUGGUGGUAAAAUAUGAGAGCUUGCUCCAUAUUGUAGUUGUACUUUUCUUGUUUUAUUUUUAUUUCACACUCUAGACAAUCCUCUUUCUUGUGAUUGGAGUUAGUCUGUAACAAUGUCAUCGUAUCUCCAUGACAAGUUGCUCAUAUUCAUUUUAUUGUAUAGAUCAAUCUUUUUUUA